AUGAAUCCCCGCAUCCUCGAACCGAGCUCCCCACAUUUGAGCGUCGGAGCUGGAAUCUUACCACAGAGUCUGGGAAAAUCCGAAUUCAUGCGUUUGGUGUCGGGGCGUCACCUUCCUUCUCUCGCCUACGCUCAUCAGGGUCGCCUGCUCGCGUUCGUAAGCCGCAUCGUCCUCCUCCGUCGGCAGGAAAAGCUCUCGGAUCAUCGAGUUGAAGGAAUCUUUCACGUCCGGGUGCGACCGUCUUACCUGCCGAACCGCACUAGUGCAGCCUCUUUCAUCGAGUCGAUCCGACUAAGUCGGUGCGUCUUCUUCACAUACGGUACCACUGUUCAGCUCUUGAUCUACAGCCUGCAUCGAUUUCAUUCUAGUAUGCAGACGACCUACCUUAGACCUCCGUACACGCAUCGCGGCGUAACCUGGAUCAGCUCCGACGCCAGAAGCCACUCAGAAACUCGUUAG